GCACAAAGUUGUGCGUCGUUGCCAAGAGGAAACGGAAAUAAAUCUUCUGAAGCCGCAGAAGUCUAAAGAUUUUUUGUUUUGUUUACAUUUUUAGAGCUGUAACAAGAAACUCUAAAUCACUGGCAGGUGCUGCGGGACUCCUGCGGUGUUGUCGCGUCUGCACGCGUGUGUGGGGUGUACUGCACAGAUAUAUACGGGUGUACUGGGGCGGACCGCUCGCGCUCAUCAUCAGAGAGACACACAGACACAAUGAGAGGACAGAAGCUGCACUGAUAACCCGUCUACUACUGAAGCGGCACUGAUGUGGAGCUGGUGUUUGAAGAGCAGGCCGGGAAUGCAGUGAGAAUCGAUUGGCACUGUGAUAAAUGCAUUUGAAUCUGCAGUAGGGCAUUAGUGAGGUAUUGUCUUAAGAUUUCAGCUCUGUCCUUACGAUGGAUUUCCCUUUCGACCUGAAUGCGCUGUUCACCGAGAGAAUUACCGUGCUGGAUAACAACUUGAGUGCAGCUCGGAGAGCGUAUGGGAGACCAGAUCCUAUUCUUCAGAUCAGCACAGUUAUAGAUGAGCUGGGCAAAGCCUCCUCUAAGGCCCAGCAGCUGCCUGCUCCUAUAACCAGUGCAGCGAAGCUCCAGGCCAACAAACACCAUCUCUACCUCCUGAAAGAUGGAGAACAGAAUGGCGGGAGGGGUGUUAUCGUUGGUUUUCUGAAGGUUGGCUACAAGAAGCUCUUUUUACUUGACCAGCGGGGGGCGCAUUUGGAGACCGAGCCUUUAUGUGUGCUGGAUUUCUAUGUGACAGAGACACUGCAGAGACAUGGAUACGGGCUCGAGCUCUUUGACUUCAUGCUGAAACACAAACGGGUGGAGCCUGAACAGAUGGCGUACGAUAGACCUUCUCCUAAAUUCCUGUCAUUUCUAGAAAAGCACUGUGAUCUCAAGAACAGUGUGCCUCAGGUGAAUAACUUUGUGGUGUUCACUGGAUUCUUCCAGAGUAGAUCAGGAACACCUCCCUCCCCUUCAACGGAUCAGGGGAUGUACGGAUUUUUCGGUCCAGCUGAGAAAAGUCCUGCCAAAAAAGGCAGAGGGAGAGAUCAAACCAUAUUCAUUAAUGGAAAGAGAAGUGGUUCGGGAGGAGCAGAGGGUUCUCCCCUGGCCGUUCGUACGCCCCGUGGGUCCCCCCCACUCUCCCCCUCUGCUUCCCUCAUCUCCACAAUCCCGUUCGCUCAGUGUGGGAUCCUCCCCCAGCCGGGCCCCACUCCGCCCCGCCGCGGCCCCCGGGACCCCCUCCUCCCAGCUCAACGACAGCUGCAGGGCAAAACGCACCAGCUCUCUAAAUAGAUCUAGGCUCAGCUUUCAUUGACCCUCAGUCUUUAACGUCAUUGUAUUAUUAAACUUCUUAGCAAGUUCAAAUUAAAGGAGUAGUUCACCCAGAAUUGAAAAUUUGCUGAAAGUUUACUCACCCUCAGGUCAUCCAAGAUGUAGAUGAGAUUGUUUCUUCAUGGGUACAGAUUUGGAGAAUUACAUCACUUAGGUCACCAGUGGAUCCUCUGCAGUGAAUGGGUGCCGUCAGAAUGAGAGUCCAAACAGCUGAUAAAAACAUACACAAAUAAUUCACACAACUUUACAUCGUGUAAGGGGAAAAGAUAUGUGUUUGUAAGGAACAAAGCCUGGGGGCAAUUUAAUAUUAUAGUCUUAUCCUUAUUAGUAAAAAUAUAUCAGUUGUAUUAUUAAUUAGUGCACCUAUAUUUGUUUCCAGUAUCAAAAUAUGGUGUAUUUCAAGUAGUCUGAGUUAUGAAGGAAAAUGUAUAAAAUGUACAAUUCAAUUGCCCCCGGUCUCCCCUAUUCUCAAUAUGGUAUUACAUAAUAUUCAUGUUUUAUCAGCUGUUUGGACUCUCAUUCUGACGGCACCCAUUCACUGCAAAGGAUCCACUGGUGAGCAAGUGAUGCAAUGCUACAUUUCUCCAAAUCUGUUCAGAAGAAGAAACAAAUUCAUCUCUAUUUUAGUUGGCGUGGGGUUGAGAAAUUUUCAACCAGUUUUUAUUGUAAGUUGAUCUAUUCCUUUGAAAAGAGAUAUUUUUUCUGUGGAACUCAAAAGAAGAAUUCUGAAGAAUCAUCAAAAGAUUCUGUAGAAUUUUUGUGUUUCACAGAUAAAUAACUGUCAGUGGAAAACAGCUUGACGACAAAUUCAUGAAACAUUUUUUUUAAUUGUCUGACUGAACUAAGCCUUUAUUAUUUUGCUUUCUGCCUUGUGAGUGUAUGAACGAUCAGAUUUCCUGUAAAAUGAUUUGAUAAUACAAUUUUCUGUACCUUUUCCAAUAAGAGUGUUUUAAAAGAUAGAACAGAGUUUUUACUGGUCACUUUACUUUAGUGCAAACCCUCAACUGUCAAACAUUCUCUGUCUUGAGCAGCAAGUAAUAAAAGUUACAGUUGAAAAAAUCUAGGUUUUCUUUAAUCACUUGUCAAUUAAUUCAUUUGUCAGGUGCACCUCAGGACUUUGGUUUCGGUCCAGAUUUUUAUCUUGAGAAAUACAAAAUAUGAGAAAUACACACAAACUGUAAAAGUAGACUUCUUAAAGAAGUCUCUUUAAAAAAGGUAAAAGAUUGCAAUAAAACAGUAAUAUUGUGAUAAACUGUAUCAUUACAGUUUAAAAUAACUGUUUUCCAUUUUAAUAUAUUUUCUAAUGUAAUUUAUUUUCGGACGAUAAGCAAAAUUUUCAGCAUCAUUACUUUGAUGAAUAGGAAGUAAAAAAUAUUUUGUAACAUUAUACGUUUAUUUCCACUUUUAAUCAACAUGUUUCCUUGCUGAAUUAAUGGCUUCUCUUUCUUUAAAAAUAUCUUUCUGAAAAUAAAAUGAACGCAAGUGGUGUCCCCAAAAAGGUGAAAAAUAAAAUAAAAAAUUGUUUAGUUAAUUAUAUAACUAUAUAUACUAUAUACUGGGUGU